CGCGUCGCAACCACAACAACGCCGGAGAACCGGUCCGUGAAGCGGGCCAGCAGCAGCAGCAGCGCGGCUAUCUCGCGUAGCAGGAACGUUGGCCGAUUCAGUUUUCCUGCGAGCGCGGUCCGGCAAGAUACGCAUACCGUGGCGGGCGCCACACGCGCUGCACCAUGCCCGUAGUGCCCUCCUCUCUGGUGACGUUUCUAGUGGUCGUAUCAGGUCUGAUAAGUGGUGUUAUGGGGGCCGAAGGCCCCACGCAACCUCCCUGUCCCGUCUUGGAUCACGUAUGCAAGUGCUCGGCCGACCUGCAGGAGUUUCAGUGCAAGGGAGCGGGGUUCGAGGAGGUCCCGACAAACCUUCCCUUUUCCAUCGCUAAAUUAGACUUAUCCAACAACAACAUAACGGUAUUGAAUGAAACAUCCCUGGCGAACUAUCCAAAUUUAGAAGAACUGAUCAUGUCGGAUAACAAAUUAGACUUCAUUCAUCCCAGGACUUUCAUCAAGAACGCUCAGCUGAAACGCUUGAUUCUCCAGAACUGCGAUCUUCACGAAAUACCCACGGAAGCGCUGAGAACUUUGAAAAAGUUACAAACAUUAUUCGUGGGUGGUAACAGCAUCUGGCACGUGGAUCCGGAGACUUUUCAAGAUUUGAAAUCGUUGCGGAGUCUGCGAAUGGACAACAACGAUUUGCGGGACGUGCCUACGAGGGCGCUGGAAGCCUUGCCUCACUUGGAGGUCCUGAAUAUUGGCCAAAAUAGCAUAAGUGUGCUGCACAAAGAUGUUUUUCCUGAUGCCAUGAAGAGUCUUCUCAUUUUGCUCCUGAAGCGAAACCAGAUAGUCGAAAUAUCGGAAAAUGCAUUUAUCAAGCUGACGUCACUCAAAGUUCUAGAACUGGAUGAUAAUUAUUUGACACACAUUCCACUGGCUGUAACAAAAUUACCCCAACUCCAAGAGCUGUCUAUCUCAGGAAACCGCAUCAAGUACAUCCCGGGAGGUCUAUUACAGCAGACCCCUGCGCUGGCCCUAUUGGAGCUUAAGGGAAACUCGCUGGAGGGGGUCGACUUUUAUGCCUUCUCCCACCUGCCCCGGCUACGAAAGCUGAUCCUCUCGGACGCCAGGAACCUCUCCACCUUCCCGAACCUCAACGGCACGUCGGCGUUGGAGGUUCUACGACUGGACAGGGCCAGCCUGAGCGAGGUCCCCUCCAAUCUGUGCGCCUUCUGCCCGAAACUCAAGAGUCUGGAUCUAAAAUCCAAUCAGUUGAAAAAGAUUCCGGACAUCAACGACUGCAAAGAAAUGCGGGUAUUAGAUUUGGCGAAUAACAAAAUCAGAUCAGUGGAGGGUAAAGUUUUUCGGGGAAUGUACCAGAUGCAUGAUCUCCUCCUUUCCCACAACGAAAUACAGUACAUUCCUCAAGAUGCUUUCUACAACCUGUCGAAACUGCAAGUAUUAGAUUUAGAGAGCAACCAGAUUUCCUUCAUACAUCCAGACGCUUUCCUAUCGAUCUCCAAAAUAGAAGACCUCAACCUGGGAAACAACGUAUUUCCUCAUUUACCCUCUGCCGGUCUGGAGCGUCUGCUUCACCUGAAGACCUUCAACAAUCCCCAACUGAAGGAGUUUCCACCUCCCGAAGACUUUCCUAGGAUCCAGACGUUGGUCCUUGCUUACGCAUAUCACUGUUGCGCUUUCAUACCACUCAUUCCUUCCAAUCCCCCUCCGAGAGCCAAAGAUAUAAUUGUGUUUCCAGACAUAGACGACAUAGAUUUGAACAUUUGGAAUUCCAACUCGAGCCCCAUCGAUGUCUGGCCCUCGCAACAAAACAUCACCCACAAGUUCGGCAAGAAGUUCGAGGCUAUUUGGGAAACUCUAGGAUCGGAAUACACCUACCCCAAUAAUUUUCCUGCUUACAUGGAGGAAUACGCGGAAGAAGAAGGGAUGCGCACAUAUAGCAACGAUUUUGCACCAGGAAGAAUACAAUGUCUACCGUUACCAGGUCCUUUUUUACCCUGCCAGGAUCUGUUCGACUGGUGGACAUUGAGAUGCGGCGUUUGGAUAGUUUUUUUAUGCGCCAUGCUAGGCAACGGCAUUGUGGUAUUUGUGCUUAUCUUCUCCAGGAGCAAGAUGGACGUGCCGAGGUUUCUGGUGUGCAAUUUGGCAGCAGCAGAUUUUUUUAUGGGUGUUUAUUUGGGGUUUCUUGCUCUGGUGGACGCUUCCACCCUCGGUGAAUUCAGGAUGUACGCCAUACCCUGGCAGAUGUCAGCGGGAUGCCAACUUGCCGGCUUCCUAGGCGUCCUGAGCUCGGAACUUUCCGUCUACACGUUAGCCGUGAUCACCCUGGAGAGAAACUACGCCAUCACCCACGCAAUGCACCUCAACAAGAGGCUCUCCCUGAAGCACGCAGGCUACAUCAUGCUCUUAGGUUGGAGCUUCGCCAUAGUGAUGGCCACCCUGCCACUCUUCAACGUCUCCGACUACAGAAAGUUCGCGGUCUGUCUACCGUUUGAGACGAAAGACACGGCCAGUUUGACCUACGUGGUCUUCCUCAUGUUCAUCAACGGCGUGGCGUUCCUGAUCCUCAUGGGGUGCUACCUGAAGAUGUACUGCGCGAUCCGCGGCUCCCAGGCUUGGAACUCGAACGAUUCGAGGAUAGCCAAGAGGAUGGCGCUGCUGGUGUUCACGGACUUCUUGUGUUGGUCGCCCAUCGCGUUCUUCUCCCUGACUGCCGCCUUCGGGCUCCAACUGAUCAGUUUAGAGCAAGCCAAAGUGUUCACGGUGUUCGUUCUACCUCUGAACUCCUGUUGUAAUCCUUUUUUAUACGCUAUUUUAACCAAACAGUUCAAGAAAGACUGCGUGAUGAUCUGCAAGGCCAUAGAAGAGAGUAGGGUGACUCGAGGUAUCGGCAGGUGUCGCCACAGUUCGAAUUUCAGCAACAGGCAGACGCCUGCCAACACCAACAGCUUGGCUGAUAGAUCUUCCAGGGAAAACCAGAAUCACCACGUGCCCACUUGCACUUGUAACACCAAACUGUUGAGUGAUAAAAGCGUCACUCCAACUCCCAUCAAGAGCGAGGUUAGGAAGAACAGCACGAGGGACUGGUGGUUCAGCAAGGCGAGAUGGUUGUUGUGCGUGAGGAAACAGAAGAGGAACAGGCAGAGGAACGACCAGUACACGUACCAGAUCGCGGAGAUCCAGCAGAAGCAGCACAAGAGGGCCUCGUCCGUGUCCUCCAGUGAAAAUUACAGUUCCUCGCGUUCGGACUCGUGGCGGCACAACCACCACUGCGGCAUACCGCUCAGACUGUUAGAUCCGAAGCGGAGAGCCUCGUCGUGGCUCGUGACGCGCAAAACAUCGCAAGACUCCAAUCUGUCCAGUUCGAGAAAUGACUCUAGCGGUUCCGCGACCACCGCCUCCACCUCCACGUGGCGCAUAUCGCGGUCCAGCGGCUCCAGCGAGCCGUCGAGGAACCGUUCGAAGCCCAGGUUGACUCGUCAGGCGGCCGUGCUCGACGACGAGCCUCCCGGGUCGCCGGGCAGGCUCACGGUUAGGUUCCUAACGACCAUUCCCUCGGCGGCCGAGACGAGCAUGCAGCUCGACGACGAGCAGCCGGCGGCCAUCUUGGUCAGUCCGACGAAGGAGUGCAACGGACCUAUUUACGCGAUUUUGCACGCUCACCCUGUAACACCGACGAGGAGGCAGAGCAUCGUCACUCUGCAUCCCAUCGAGAGCGAGAAAAAUUCGUCAUCUAGUCAGAAUGCUGAUCCGGGUUCCUCCAGAUAAUUUAUGGUUAUUUCGUUUGUGUUCGUGUUGUAUUUAUUCGGAGUGAGAGUGUGAAUAUGUUUCUUGGUACGGAGGGCAUUCUGAAAAUUGUCAUUUUUCACUCAGCUCUGACGAAGAAUGGUUUGGUGGACUGAGGAAGAAUAAAUCGUGUUCUGUCAGAAAAAAAAUUGUUAAAUUAGAUGAGUUUCAUACAGCAGUAGGUACACGUGUUUCGCUUACACAAUAACAUCUUCAGGAGGAGGUGCUGAAUGCCUCUCUACAGCUAUCGGUCAAUUAGCUGAGCCAUGCUCUAAUAUACUACUCACCUGAGCCUGAAAGAUAAUAAGAGUAAUAAGGAUAAAUUCAGAUGCAUGCCACCCGACGAUAUGAAUAUCAACAAGUGUUACGAUCUGAAUUG